AUGGCUGGGAAAUCGAAUAGAGCGAGGAACAAGAGAGGCCCAAGUACUGCUGGGAAUGCUUCAGAUUCUGUGGUAUCUUCUACGGAUCCUGUGGUAUCUUCUACGGAUCCUGUGGCUGACAGUGUCACUCCUCCGGAGCCUGUCCAUAGUGAGACUAAUGGAGUAGCAGCAGCUGUGACUGAAUCAGGUGACAGUAGGCCAGAGACCAACGAGCCUGAGACCACCAGUGCUGCUGCCGAACCAAAGCAGCAAGGAGAUCUUCAUCUCUUUGCUGUUCCCGUGAAAACACAAAGCGGUGAGAAGCUUGAGCUGCAGCUGAACCCUGGGGAUUCUGUCAUGGAUAUAAGGCAGUUUCUGCUUGAUGCUCCUGAGACAUGCUUCUUCACUUGUUAUGACUUGUUGAUCCAUACGAAGGAUGGUUCAACUCAUCAACUGGAAGACUAUAAUGAAAUUUCUGAAGUAGCUGACAUUACCACUGGUGGUUGCACUUUGGAGAUGGUUGCUGCCCCUUAUGAUGACAGAUCAAUCAGGGCACAUGUUCACCGAACAAGAGAUUUAAUUUCUCUUUCCACACCUCAUGCUUCUCUAUCUACUUCACUUGCUCUGGAGUACGAGACGACACAUAAUAAGGCUUCGGCUUCAGAUGCUGUGAAAACAGAGGUGCCCGAGUCUGAUGGGCUGGGGUUUAUGGAGGAUGUCACAGACUCACUUGGUAAAUUGCUGUCAUCCCCAUCUAAGCAGGCGAAGUGCGUGGAAAGCAUUGUUUUUUCAUCAUUCAAUCCUCCCCCGAGCAGUAGGAGGCUUGUUGGAGAUUUGAUCUACUUGGAUGUUGUAACAUUGGAGGGUAGCAAAUUUUGUAUCACUGGAUCAACAAGAAUGUUCUAUGUUAAUGCUAGUACUGGCAAUAUCCUUGACCCAAGGCAUGGAAAAUCAACUUCUCAAGCUACCACACUUAUUGGACUGUUACAGAAGAUAAGCUCAAAGUUCAAAAAAGCUUUUCGUGAACUUCUGGAGAAGAAGGCCUCAGCACAUCCUUUUGAAAAUGUCCAGUCUCUUCUGCCACCAAAUUCGUGGCUAGGAUUAUACCCAGUACCUGAUCACAGACGCGAUGCCGCCAGGGCCGAAGAUGCAAUAACGCUUUCUUAUGGCAGUGAGCUGAUUGGAAUGCAAAGAGAUUGGAACGAGGAGUUGCAGUCUUGUCGGGAAUUCCCCCAUACAAGUUCUCAGGAAAGGAUCUUGCGGGAUAGGGCUCUCUACAAAGUCACUUCUGAUUUUGUUGAUGCAUCAGUUAAUGGUGCUAUUGGAGUAAUCAGUAGAUGCAUACCUCCAAUAAAUCCAACUGAUCCAGAGUGCUUCCACAUGUAUGUCCACAAUAACAUAUUUUUCAGUUUUGCUGUGGAUGCUGAUCUCGAGCAACUGUCCAGGAAGCGUAUUUCAGACAGUAAUAUGAAGCCUGAUGCUAAUGCUACUUUGUUAUCUGAAAAGGUUUCAAAUAAUGAGUUGCAUGGUGAUGUGAGAGUUUCCUCUGGGGCAAAACAUGAUGGAUCUGCCAUUGUGGAAAGUAAUGGUUCCACAGAGGUGGCAUUUCCAGAGACACAGCUGGCUGAGAGUGAGCAGGCAACUUAUGCUUCUGCCAAUAAUGAUUUAAAAGGGACCAAGGCUUACCAAGAAGCUGAUAUCCCUGGCCUGUAUAAUCUUGCCAUGGCAAUAAUUGACUACAGAGGGCACAGAGUUGUAGCUCAGAGUGUUUUACCUGGGAUCCUUCAAGGGGAUAAGUCAGACUCUCUUCUUUAUGGUUCUGUUGACAAUGGCAAGAAAAUUUGCUGGAAUGAAGAUUUUCACUCCAAGGUUGCGGAAGCUGCAAAACGCCUGCAUCUAAAGGAGCACUUGGUUCUGGAUGGAUCUGGAAAUAGUUUCAAGUUAGCUGCACCUGUGGAAUGCAAGGGCAUUGUUGGCAGUGAUAACAGGCAUUAUCUCCUUGACUUGAUGAGAGUAACUCCUCGUGAUGCAAACUAUACUGGGCCUGGCUCGCGAUUUUGCAUUUUGAGACCUGAGCUAAUUGCUGCUUUCUGUCAGGCUGAAGCUCUAGGGAAAUCAAAGGUCAAUCCCAAAUCUGACUCCGAUGCUAGCACUACUCAAGUUUCUUCUGAAGUUGCUUCUAUUGGCGACGAGCAGAAGUCUGUGGCCCCUGUUGACAGCCAGGAGGUAGCUGUCAAGGUUGAUACUGCUGCUGAACAUCCUUCUGCACCUGCUGGAAACUCUGAAUUGGAUGAUGAAAUACUUUUUAACCCUAAUGUUUUUACCGAGUUCAAGUUGGCCGGAAACCCAGAGGAGAUCACGAAGGAUGAAGAACACGUGAAAAAAGUUAGUUCAUAUCUGGCUGAUACCGUGCUUCCAAAGUUUAUUCUAGAUCUUUGCACGCUUGAAGUAUCACCUAUGGAUGGGCAAACACUUACCGAGGCACUUCAUGCUCAUGGAAUCAACGUGCGAUACAUUGGAAGGGUUGCUGAAGGGGCAAAACAUUUACCUCACUUGUGGGAUCUUUGUUCUAAUGAGAUUGUUGUCAGAUCUACCAAGCAUGUUCUGAAGGAUCUGCUGAGAGAUGUAGAAGAUCACCACCUUGGCCCAGCAAUCUCACACUACUUUAACUGUUUCUUUGGGAAUUGUCAAUCUGUUAGUACAAAAGCUGCUACUGAUGAUUCCCAGACAAGAUCACUGAAGAAAAACCAAGCUAAUAAUCAGUCUUCUGAAAAAUCUAAAGACCAAACAAGGUGGAAGGGUGCCUCAGCUAGAAAGAAUCAAUCUUCAUAUCUGAAUGUUGGCUCAGAAAUGUUAUGGUCUGAGAUACUGGAGUUUGCCAAGCUCAAGUAUCAGUUUGACUUGCCAGAAGAUUCAGUAACACGGGUUCGAAAAGUCUCAGUUAUCCGCAAUCUUUGCCAAAAGCUGGGCAUCUCAGUGGCAGCUCGCAAAUAUGACCUGAAUGUGGCAAACCCAUUCCAGACAUCGGAUAUUUUGGAUCUCAGACCUGUGGUGAAGCAUUCUGUUCCGGUGUGCUCAGAAGCCAAAAAGCUUGUGGAGACAGGAAAAGUUCAAUUAGCUGAGGGCAUGCUAAGUGAGGCCUACACAUUAUUCUCGGAGGCAUUCUCCAUUCUUCAACAGGUUACUGGGCCAAUGCAUCGUGAGGUUGCCAACUGCUGUCGGUACCUUGCCAUGGUUCUGUAUCAUGCUGGAGAUAUGACUGGUGCAAUAAUACAACAACACAAGGAGUUGAUCAUAAAUGAACGCUGCCUAGGCUUAGAUCACCCUGACACUGCGCACAGCUAUGGAAACAUGGCUCUCUUCUAUCACGGUCUCGACCAAACAGAACUUGCAUUGAGGCAUAUGUCCCGUGCAUUGCUCUUAUUGAGUUUAUCGUCGGGACCUGAUCAUCCUGACGUGGCAGCAACUUUUAUAAACGUUGCAAUGAUGUACCAGGACAUUGGAAAGAUGAACACAGCUCUUCGCUAUCUACAAGAGGCCUUGAAGAAGAACGAGAGGCUUUUGGGUGAAGAGCAUAUUCAAACUGCUGUUUGUUAUCAUGCUCUAGCUAUUGCCUUCAACUGUAUGGGAGCCUUCAAGCUAUCUCACCAGCACGAAAAGAAAACAUAUGAUAUCCUUGUCAAACAACUUGGCGAGGAGGACUCUAGAACACGUGACUCUCUAAAUUGGAUGAAGACUUUCAAGAUGCGUGAACUUCAGAUGAAUGCACAGAAGCAGAAAGGCCAGGCUUUGGAUGCAGUUUCUGCCCAGAAGGCAAUGGAUAUAUUGAAGGCUAAUCCAGACCUAAUACAUGCAUUCCAAGCAGCAGCUGCAGCUGGGGGCUCAGGGAGUAGUAGUAGCAAUACACCUUUGAACAAAUCGAUUAAUGCUGCACUAGUUGGCGACUCACUCCCUAGAGGCAGAGGGGUAGAUGAACGGGCUGCUCGAGCAGCAGCUGAAAUCAGGAAGAAGGCAGCAGCUAGAGGUAUCUCAAUCCGGCCCCAAGGUGUCCCUGUCCAAGCUCUGCCACCUCUAACUCAACUGAUGAACAUAAUCAAUUCCGGGAGGACACCUGAUGCAGCUGCAGUUGACUCUUCAGAGGUACCAAAUGGUGCGACAAAGGAGGCAAAUGGUGAGAUAACAUCCUCUGCCAUGCCAGUGGAAAGUCCCGAGAAGGAUGAGAAGUCGCGGCAACAACAACAGCCUGCUGCUCCGGCUGGUCUGGGCAAGGGGUUGGGGUCAUUGGACCCUAAGAAAGGGAAACCGAAAUCCAAAGUUGCAGGUUGA